AUGCCAUCCAACAGGGACUCACUCAAGAAUGCCGAAAAAUAUUGCAAGAAGGCGAGUGAAUCAGACAUUUACCCCAUCUGUCUCGUUCUCGACCCAAACUAUAAGCUAACUUAUAUUGAAAGACAAUGGACUCCUCAGGAGGUCGCUCCUGGACAGGCCUGCCUCAAGCAUGCUCACCGCCUGCAACGUGCUGCACCUGAUGCCAACUUGAACGCAUCAUGGACGACAACUGACUGGGUCGCCGUGCAGUAUCCUCUUAUUGAUUCCGCAAUCUCCGUGAAUUCUGAAAUGCCCCACGUGUACCACUGGGUGCACCACUGGCUACACCAGCCAGCCUUAAAAAGUCAAGGAGCUGCAUUCUCGAAGACACUUGAAGUUGUGGGCAAGUUUUUCUUCUGGGCUGCCUUCCCCCAAUACAAUGACGAACAGACCACCUCCAAGCACUGCCGAAUUGCUGCUCAUUACGUCAAACAACAUGUCAAUGCUAACUUACGAGACAUUGAGAGGCGAGGAAGCCUAGAGGCAUUCUUGAAUCAGGAGACGGGCAUUGAUCAGGAUGCUGUCUUGGCUUACCUUUCUGAUGGCACGCGCUUGCGUACCGACAAUACUAUCUAUGUUUUCAACAAGUAUUAUUUGGAUUUUGACUUAAACGACGUGCUUCACGAGCUAAGGGUUAACCUACCACUACAACCUCCGAUUGAAGCUGACAUCUUUGAUGUCAUCGCUAUGACAGCCCAUAAGGACCUCAAACGUCAGGCUGCGCUCCCUGCUGGUCUGGAUGCGGAUUUGGAAAUUAUAAGCCGCAUGAAGAUACAUAUCAAAUUUUUGUCACCUGCUGUGAGAACUGCAAUUGAGGACAGAGAGCAACCAAGGAUGCUGGGUGAUUAUGUAUCGAAUGUGAAGAUGAGACAGGUCGCUGACGCGUGUGCGAGGACGCAUGAGGAUCUCCGGGCUCAGUUCCAAGGCGCUGAGAAGUCAGCGGCCAGAUUAAUGAAGGGAACUGAUUCUGUACGCGCAAUAGUAAUGAAUACGCAAAUUCUAGAGAGUGCGCAUGCCUCAGGCCAUCGGGCGCAGGAGAUUCUUGAACAGGCCUCGGACAUUACAGCUCUUGAGAGUCCUGCCAUGGAUUCAAAUAGCUUUCUUCGUGAGCUGAAACAUCUUGAUGGUGUACUGCGAAACGAAGUACAAGCUGUUACCGAAGCCAAGAACGCAUAUACCGAGCAAUGUAUCGGGGUCCUUCGGCAAAUCAGUGCCUUGAAUAUCAACAUUGUGCAGCUGCCAAUGACCUUAUCUAACCUGCAAGGCAAAUUCAGGGCUAAGAACAGCUUUUCUCACAUACAAUCAUAA